AUGUUCUCCACGAAACCGGCCAACUCCAUCCGAAAGCUGUUUGCUGGCUACCAUGAACCCGUGGGCCUGUCGGCGCAGCAAUCACAAAAGCUGCUCGACGGUCUAAAGUCGUCAUUUCGUUUGCAACUCGAGCAGGAAUAUGGCCAGACGGCUCUCACCAAACACUCGAAAAACACUUCCAAAACGACCACCAGCAACCACCACUCCUCCUCUUCCCAUGGCGCCGUGCGACACUCGGCCGCCAGCCGACAUCUUCGGUCUAUCCUCGCCAACCCGCUCUUCUCAUACAACAAAAAUAGCCUCACUGCUGCAGCCAGCAUCCCCUCCCCGCUGUCGGUCCCCAAGCGCGACCCCAUGGACGAUUUCGACCACGCCGUCGCCAAGGGCCUGAUGACGCUCAACGCCGCCACGGGCUGCAUCAUGACCAAGCAGAAGCAGAUUGACGCGCGGGAGCUCGACACGGGCCCCGCGUCGGCGUCAGCCACGGCGCUACGCGUGGUGCGCUGGCUACGGUCCACGGGCGCGGAGAAUGAUCUGGCGUUUCUCGAGCACAAAGCCUUUGUGAAAGCGCUGGCGCCAUUCCUCGUCGCGGAAAACAUGGAGGAAAUUGCCUGGCAGUGGAUCCACCAGACGAUGCAGCGCAGCAGCGACGACAUGAGCGAAGCUAUCCGUCUGCGCCGAGCAUCAUUUCUGCUGGCGCAGCUCGUGCAUAUCAAGAGCCAGCCGCAGCACGGCAACCUCGACGGCGCCAUCACCACGAUCCUACGCGCCGAACAGGUCCUCGCCAAGGAUCCGCUGCUCGCCAGGUUGCUCGUUCUGCCGUGGCGCUCUGUCUCGUGGCUGUCCACCGUGGAAUCAUAUAGCCACCUCGCCCCGUCCGAGAGGCUCUUUGACGCGCAUCUCGACACGGCGAGCCGCCUAAAACAGCCGCUCUCUGUCGAGACGGCCCACCUACAUCUUUACCACCCGACGCAUCCGGACCACACCCCUGCGAUGCAGUUCUUUCGCGACACGGAGCACCUGCGCCGGCUUGUCCGCGGCAUCACCAAGGAGCAGUUUGCCCACGCCAAGCAGACGAGCCUUGGCGUCGUGCCCUGGGUCGCGUACCUAGGCUACGACACCGUCAACCAUCUGACGACGUCAGGUCUCAGCCAGGAGGCGCAGGCACUCACGCAAAUAUUAAAGGAUGAGCUGGCUGGUCUAUUUACGCCACAGGCCCAGCCUAGUUGA